AUGUACCUGGCCGGACCAGCGACGGCUAUAAAAGAGCCGGAAAUUAUCCUACCGGCUUAUUCAUCUACGGAUGAUUUUGACUGCAACGCACGUGAUAUCUGCGACGCUAGUGAUAUCUGCGACGCUAGUGAUAUCUGCGACGCACGUAAUAUCUGCGAUGCACUUGUUAAUUGCGAUGCACUUGAUAAUUGGGAUACACGUGACAACUACGAUGCACGUAUUGUCUUAAAGAAAGAAAGUUACCGUAUUAAUGAAGCUGCUUACGAAGACGGCAACGAAGGUUUUGGAAGUAUUGGAAAAGUUGGCAGUGCUUACAACUCGCCUGUUUUCAUCAACAACAACGACAGCAUUCACAUUAAUUGCAACUACAAUUUCAAUGAUGAUAUGAAAAACUUGGUUCUCUUUUACCUGGACGAUGACAUGAACGAUGGCUUCAUUGCUGAUGAAGAUGAGUUUUUCAUCGCUGCAUCACUGAUCAACAGGAAAGAUGUCAACGAAGAAUCUUACAACAUGCAUCAAAGAUAUCCGUCUGGUCAUCCUACACCUCGUAAACUCAAUAGAAAGAAAGCACUUGCUUCAAGUGACAACAAAAUCAACAAAGGACCACGACAUCUGCCUAUGGCUAGAGGAACCGAAACAACAAAAACGUGGCGUGAACCGAAAAGAAAUAACACAGGUUUCAAGAGAAAGACCUGGUUGUCUGGUUGUCCAACGGCGCAAGAAAAGAAUAUGCCAGGUAAAAUUCUCAAAGAAUUGGAAAUAUCGGAACAAGGCCAUAUACAGGACAUAUGA